AUGGCGCCGCUUAUCGAUAUAAUUGGCGACGAAUUGGCAAAGCGAGCCUACUGCAGACAGAAUGAGUAUUACAGAUACGGCAGGUGCUACAGCGCCUGGUACUGGUACGGUCGAUGGAUCUUCGCCGCCGUGAUCAUUGUCCUUAUCAUCGCCAUUCUUUUCGUCAUGAUAUGCGUCAACUCCCGCCGUCGUAAGCGUCGCGGUCUCCAGCCAAUGUACGGAACCGGCUGGAUGGCUAGAAACGCCGGUCCGAACAACAACGCCGCAUACUACAACAACAAUCCUCAGCCGGGCUACCAAAACCCCCCUCCGGCAUACGGAGCGCCUCCCGGCCAGUCGUUCCCGAUGCAAAAUCAGUACACGGGCACUACUUUCUCGCCUAACGACGGCUACUACGGCCAACACGAGGGUGUCCAGGCACCGAAGAACGUCUACAAUAACAACAACCACAAGGACGAUUAUGCUCCCCCCGAGGGCCCCCCGCCUAACCGAUAA